AUGUUUAUCAUACGGACCAUCGGUAUAACUACUAUUGUUGCUUCGGUUGGAACUACUAUGAUAGCAUUCUUCUAUAUUCCGCUAAUUAUUACAAAAAUAAUCGAAAUCAAUGAGAGGCUGAAGUUUGACUCCGAUGAAUUCCGUAUAAUUGCGAAUGAAGCUUGGAAACAGCUGGUUAAUGCUCGAGGAUUAAACAGAGGAAAAAGACAGUAUAAUUCGGAACAAAAAGUUUCACUUGACAACGAAUAUUCCAAAAAACCGGAGGCUCAUGUGCAACAAUCAAUUUGUGGUACAUUACUUUUAUAGUGUCAAACAUCAAACGUCUGUCCUCCAGGACCACCAGGAUUGCCAGGAAAACCUGGUGAAGAUGGGAUACCUGGUGAAGCAGGAACACCUGGAACUCCAGGACUGCCAGGAAACGCUAUUCCAGUCACCAACGAUUAUACCAGCAACUGUCGAGUAUGUUCCCAGGGUCCGCGAGGUCCUCCUGGUCCACCGGGAGAAGAAGGCACUCCGGGGAAAGUUGGAUUACAGGGACCACCUGGACGUAAUGGUGAACCAGGAAGAACUGGUUACGCAGGUGCCCCCGGAAUAAAUGGUGAAAUAGGUACACCUGGCAAAUCUGGUGAGCCAGGAUAUGCUGGAUUGAAUGGAACGCGUGGUCAAAAAGGUCUACCUGGGAAGAAAGGUGAACCAGGUUCGGGAGGACCAAACGGUCCCAAAGGAUAUCCUGGGCCUCCAGGACAAAGAGGAAAAGAUGGUGAAGCAGGACCACAAGGUCCAGUAGGUACACGGGGUCUUCCUGGGCAAAAGGGACCAAUAGGUGCAGAAGGUCGUCCAGGUAUGCCGGGUCAAGACGCAGGAUAUUGCUCAUGUCCAUCUCGCACUGCAGGGAGCGAAAAACCAUCGUAUGGACAAGGUUCACAAGCAACCAACAUUCAAAGCCAAAUACGUUCAUCGUAUGCCGAACCACCCAGCUAUGUCUCAGGUGGCGAUGUUAGCGGUGAUGGUGCUGACUAUAAGAAAAGCAAAAAAACUUGA